AUGUUCUCCCGAAGAACGACACCUUCUCCUUCAAUCACCACUGCUUCGUCAUCUACCUUUUCAAUUUCCAAUCUGACCAAUAAUAAUGCAACUUCCACAUCGGAUUUACCCACUUCCGUGAUCUCUAAUAUCGUCCCGCAAAUUCCGCCCACCCCGCGACGGGUGCCACCAAAAAUUGGACUUUUGCGACAUUUGUCUGGGUUUCUGGAGUCGAAAAAAGAUCUGAUGAAUGAUUGGGAAAUCGGUGGAACGCAGAAUAAAUGGGUUUGUCCAAGUGAUCGACAUUUGCAUUUGAGAGCACAGCUGAAAUCAGGAUGGUCCGUCCGAACAGCAACAGCGAGGUCCCCAACCAAUUCAAAAGCUCAAACGGGAUCAAUUACUGCCGCGGAACAAGAACAGAUUCAACGGGUACUGGCGAAGGCUGAGGAGAGCAAAAAUAAGGAGCAACAGAGGAUCGGAAAAAUGGUGGAUCGUCUGGAGAAAAUGAGAAGACGUGCGACAGGAAACGGAGUCACGCAUUGUUUGUUAUGUCACACUGAAUUCGGUCUGCUUGCUGCAAAAAGUUAUGCAGCGAUGUGUACGGAUUGUAGGAAGUAUGUAUGCCAACGAAAUUGUGGUGUGGAAACGACGGAUGUGCAAUCUGGAAAAACGGAGACAGUGUUCUUGUGCAAAAUAUGCUCAGAAGCCAGAGAGGUGCUAUGGAAGAAAUCAGGAGCAUGGUUCUACAAAGAAAUGCCCGAAUUCCAAAGGCCCGACGAACGUCUUCCAUACUAUACUCCAGUCACUGCCAAUGGAUCAAUUCCGAAUGCAGCAUCAGCGACAACUCCUGUUUCUGGAACACCUGCUGCUGGUCCACAACCAAUGACAAUGCCGUCAACGUCAUCGUGCCAAAUGACAACACCGAAAUGGGCGUCUCCAAGCACAUCGUCGAAUCCAGUAGUUCCCCAGAUUUCCAAUGGUCCAGCGUCUCCGCUUCCGAAUGGAAAUAGAAGAAACACUGGGAAUGGUGGAAUCGAGUUCCCGAGCUCCAGUCGUCCCAGCAUCUGCUCCGUGCUUCAAGCCAUCGACCCACCCGACAGAUCGAAAUCUCCGCGACCAAGAAUCCAACCAAGAUGGGUGAAUGAGAAAGUGAUGAGUAGUAUGUCAGUGGAUGAUGAAGAAAAAGCGCUAAGCUCUUCUGAUGGAGAGUCAUUUAUCCAGUCUGGUGUACCUUGCCGUCAAAAUAAUCAGACGCCAACGGCUACUGCAUCCACGACUACAUCUCCAGCACCUCCUCCAGUUUCUACAACACCCACUCAUCGAAUUGAAUCAAAUCUGGAACGAUUCUCUCGACACUCUCAGAAGACACCUCGCUUAUACAGCACUGACGAUGAGGACGAUUCAUCUCCAGAGUCUCGACCAUCGUCUACAAGAUCCACUUCUCCGCGGCACUCUCUUGCGACGCCAUCUUCAUAUGCGCAUGACACGUGUCACGAGACGUCACUCCCGGAUCCAGAUACGCGUAGCAUUGACAGUGGAGUUGUCCAAUCUGAUCAUUCCAAUCCCCAACAACAUGGUUUGACGUGUUCGUCUUCAUCAUUGACACCCCUCCAACAACAGGCAAGCCAUGGAGAUUACAAUUCUGGAAGAGGUUCACCGAGAAGAAUUUCAAAUCCGGAUAGUGUGAUUCCCCGGGUAGCUCAAAGUGCAUCAGGAACUUCGUUGGUCACUCCACCGCCUCCAAUCUCUUCUCGAGCCAGUCCGGAUCAUCGAACAUCGAGUCCAAUGAAUAUUAUGGAACACAAAACAUCAAGUGCCAGCUCGUCGAGCAUCGGUGGAACGAGACGAGUUGGAUCAGCAGAACCCACUAUCAACAAUCAUCAUUCGAUGCAUAAUAACUACAAUCAUAAUGAAACGAAACGGUUGAUUCAUCAAACAAGCAGAGCCGAAUCUCCACUAGCAGCUGCCUCGAGUUAUCUGAAUUCUACUGAUGAAGAAUCAAAGCAACGAACUCGCCGUCGCGAUGGUGUUGGUCGUAUCAAUUCUCUUCAACUUAGAACUUCACUCGAUGACGUAGCGCCUCCAGCGCCACCGACGUCUUCUAAAAUGAAUGGUCACGUUGUAUCGUCGUCUGAACCAAAUCAUCAGAAUCAUGUUCCCGUUCCUCCAACUGUUCCAGUGGUUCCAGAAGAAGAAGAAGAGAAAACGAUAACAGCGAGCACGGAAUCUGCGUCUGAACCUGGCAGCCUCGGAUCCAUUAAUCUGACACUCACCUAUACCUCAUCCGAUAAGAAGCUCAGAAUUCAUCUAAUCCGAGCGAAAAACCUCAAAGCGAUGGAUUCGAACGGAUUUUCUGAUCCGUACGUAAAAUUCCACCUGCUUCCGGGAAAUACGAAAGCGACGAAGCUGACGUCGAAGACGAUCGAGAAGACGUUGAAUCCCGAAUGGAAUGAGGAAAUGGCAUAUUAUGGAAUCACUGAAGAGGAUAAGGAGAAGAAGAUUCUUCGAGUAACAGUUUUGGAUCGUGAUCGUAUCGGAUCGGAUUUCCUCGGAGAAACAAGAAUCGCGCUGAAAAAACUCAACGAUAAUGAGAUGAAAAAGUUCAAUUUGUAUCUGGAAAGUGCACUUCCGGUUCCAGUCCAAACGAAAGAGGAAGAGAGUGUUGAGCGUGGAAAGAUUAAUGUCGGACUCCAGUAUAACAUUCAGCAAGGAUCCCUUUUCAUAAAUAUCAACCGAUGCGUUGAGCUCAUUGGAAUGGAUUCAACUGGAUUUUCGGAUCCCUACUGCAAAGUUACAAUGACUCCGAUCACUUCGAAAGCCCAUCGGGGCAAAACGACAACGAAGAAGCGGACGUUGAAUCCAGAAUGGAAUGAGCAAUUGCAAUUCGUGGUUCCAUUCAAAGAUCUUCCGAAAAAGACUCUCCGAAUUGGAGUUUAUGAUCAUGAUUUGGGUAAACACGACGAUUAUAUUGGAGGCAUUCUUCUUUCAACAUCCGCGAAAGAAGAACGAGGUCGCCAAUGGAUAAAAUGUAUCGAAAAUCCGGGAACUUUAGUUGAAGCGUGGCAUCGUCUAGAAUUGGAUUCGUAG